CUUUCCUUAACAUGUAGAAUUACCCACAUCCAUCAUCUUCUUCCGCUUGUAAAAAUACCAUAAAAAAUCUUAUUCCUAGCUGUUAUAGUGAACACGCAUUUCCAAACUGUUUAUAACGAGCACAUGUUUCAUCUUCUUCUUCUGCCAUGCCGAUUUCAGAUGGAUAACUACGAUGAUUCUGUUGGUGUUGAUUUGAACAAUGUCCAUUACGCUGAUUUAUCCGAAGAUGAGUAUAUUGGUGAUGAAAAUGUUAAUGAUGUUGUAUCUAGUGGACAUCAAAGUUCAAAUGAUGAAGACAAUGUUAAUAAUGAAGAUGAUGAGGAAUCAGUUGGAGCAGAGUGGUUAAAUAGCCAAACGAUUAUAGGUGAUAGAUUGGUGAGUAUUAAUUCCAUUACUUCAGAUGAAAUUUCUGCUAUGGAAUUUGGAAAUGUGAGUGAAGCUUAUGAAUUUUAUUAUAGGUAUGAAAAAUGUAAGGGUUUUUCCAUUAGGAAAAGCAAUGUUAGGCAAAGAGGGUCCGAAGGUAGUGAAAUAAUAGUAAUGAGGAAGUUUGUAUAUAACAAACAUGAAUUAGGAGAAAAGAAGCACUUUUCUAGGGUAGAUAGGAAAAGAGAUCGCUGACGUAUGAUUCGUGAUGGGAAAAUACGUAGUGUCAACUUUUGAAGAGGCCCAUAACCAUAAAUUAACCCCAUCAAAGUUUGUGCAUUUACACCUCACUUAUCGUCAAAUUUUUGAAGCAAAUAGAGCUCAAAUUGAUGGUCUUCAGUCUCUUGGAAUCAUAACGUGUCAUAUAAUAGAAUAUAUGGUUGCUCAAAAGCGUGGAUAUACUGAUGUUGGUUUUACAAAGAAAGAUUUGUACAAUCAUUUUGAUAAAAAAAUGUGUGUUGUUAUUAAAGAUGGUGAUGUUCAUGUUGCUUUAAAUCAUCUCAAUGUGAA